GCGCAUGCUCGGUGCGCCGGCGCAGGUUUCUGCAGCAGAGAGGGAAGCACUGCGGCGGCGUCCGGGGUCUCUAGCAGGGCCGACGGUGUGGUUCUCGUAGACUUCGGCCUCCGCUGGCAGCAGGCAUUCCUCCGCUCCCCGUGUCCCCGGCCGCCGCUCCAGCGCGCCCCGAUCUGGCCCCCUGCCCCGCGAAGAUGGCUGCCGUACGCCGGGCCCGCAGUUACUGCCGCUGCCUGGUUCGCUUCUCCGACCGAGAACUCUGCUAAGCCCUGCUGCAGCAGACAGGAGUAGACACCCGAACACCCAGCACACCUCCUUGGGGGGCGGUGCAGAGGGGGCGCGGAGAGCCCCUCGACCGCGGUCGUCCGGCCCGCCAGCAUGGCAGAAGCUGAGGAAGAUUGUCAUUCUGAUACUGUCAGAGCCGGAGAUGAUGAUGAAAAUGAAAGCCCAGCUGAAACAGAUCUGCAGGCACAACUUCAGAUGUUUCGAGCUCAGUGGAUGUUUGAACUUGCCCCAGGUGUAGGCUCUAGCAAUUUAGAGACUCGAUCUUGCAGAGUAGCAAGAGGCUCUUUCCUGAAAGCAGCGGAUACCAAAGGAAAGCAAGAACUGGCAAAAGAAGAAAAGGCUCGAGAACUCUUCCUGAAAGCAGUAGAAGAAGAACAAAAUGGCGCUCUCUAUGAAGCCAUCAAGUUUUAUCGUAGGGCUAUGCAACUUGUACCUGAUAUAGAGUUCAAGAUUACUUAUACCCGGUCUCCAGAUGGUGAUGGCGUUGGAAACAGCUACAUUGAAGAUAAUGACGAUGAUAGCAAGAUGGCAGAUCUCUUGUCCUACUUUCAGCAGCAGCUUACAUUUCAGGAGUCUAUGCUCAAACUGUGUCAGCCUGAACUUGAGAGCAGUCAGACUCACAUAUCAGUGCUGCCAAUGGAAGUCCUAAUGUACAUCUUCCGAUGGGUGGUGUCUAGUGAUUUGGACCUCAGGUCAUUAGAGCAGUUGUCACAGGUGUGCAGAGGAUUCUAUAUCUGUGCCAGAGAACCUGAAAUAUGGCGUUUGGCCUGCUUGAAAGUUUGGGGCAGAAGCUGUAUUAAACUUGUUCCAUAUACAUCCUGGAGAGAGAUGUUUCUAGAAAGGCCCCGUGUUCGGUUUGAUGGAGUAUAUAUCAGUAAAACAACAUAUAUUCGUCAAGGGGAACAGUCUCUUGAUGGUUUCUAUAGAGCCUGGCACCAAGUGGAAUAUUACAGGUACAUAAGAUUUUUCCCUGAUGGCCAUGUGAUGAUGUUGACAACCCCCGAGGAGCCUCAAUCCAUUGUUCCUCGUUUAAGAACUCGGAAUGCCAGAACUGAUGCAAUUCUACUGGGUCAUUAUCGCUUGUCACAAGAUACAGACAAUCAGACCAAAGUAUUUGCUGUGAUAACUAAGAAAAAAGAAGAAAAACCACUUGACUAUAAAUACAGAUAUUUUCGUCGUGUCCCUGUACAAGAAGCAGAUCAGAGUUUUCACGUGGGGCUACAGUUGUGUUCCAGUGGCCACCAGAGGUUCAACAAACUCAUCUGGAUACAUCAUUCUUGUCACAUUACUUACAAGUCAACCGGUGAGACUGCAGUCACUGCUUUUGAGAUUGACAAGAUGUACACCCCUUUGUUCUUUUCUAGGGCGAGGAGCUACACUGCCUUCUCGGAGAGGCCUCUGUAGGCCCUCAUGUCCAGUCCUGUCAGUGUUGCAUGAAUAAAAGCAUAUAGUGCAAAAGAGCACCUAAGUUAUAAAUGUACAUAUAUAUAUAAAUUUCUGGAAUUGGAACUUAUUUUACAUUGUUGGAGUUCUUUUAAGAAGAGUAUAAAUUGAUUAUUUUUUUUAUUUAAAGGGGUAGUUGAUUCUUGGGAUGUUUUGUUUUGAAAUUAAGAAGUUGAAAUUUUAAGUCGUUUAAGCACAUUUAUGUUGUGAAAAACCUUAAUUUGAGCUUUAAAUCAUGUCCUUUUUCAAGCAGAUUUCUGAACAGAUUUCUGUCACAUAAGUCUUCUCUCUGAUCAUCCCAAUAUUUAAAUGUGUCAGGGGAGAGCUUUACUGGAUAAAACAUUUCUUUCAUGCAUGACAUAGUGUCUUUGCACUAAAGGCUCAAAAUGUGAAAACCUGUUCUGGAUUUGUUUGAAACUGACCGAUAAAGAUCAUAAAUAAAUGUUUCUUUCAAGAAAAUAUA